GGCCUGCGCCCUGCUGCCCGCGACCCUGGCCCGCGGGCGGGCUGCGCACCGCGGCUGUAACUCCUGCCGGGCCGGAGGCCUGGGCUGUCCCUGUCGCCGCCCGAGCCGGGCUGGGGAAGGCCGCGCCGCCGGCACUGGCCUGCCUGGGCAUGCUGCUGUGGCCGGCCCCAGACCUGUUCUCCCAGGGAGGGGCGCCGGGAACCGCAGCCGGGGCCGCCUUCAGCGCUUCUGCCCACCCGGCAACUUCUAAUUGGGGUGGCCCCGAGACCACCCCCCACCCCACCCCGAGGUGCCGACAGCGCCCCCGCCCUUGAGCAGCGAUGACGGAGUAUAAGCUGGUGGUGGUGGGGGCCGGGGGCGUGGGCAAGAGUGCCCUGACCAUCCAGCUCAUCCAGAACCACUUUGUGGACGAGUAUGACCCCACCAUCGAGGACUCCUACCGGAAGCAGGUGGUGAUCGACGGGGAGACGUGCCUGCUGGACAUCCUGGACACGGCGGGCCAGGAGGAGUACAGCGCCAUGCGGGACCAGUACAUGCGCACGGGCGAGGGCUUCCUCUGCGUGUUCGCCAUCAACAGCAGCAAGUCCUUCGAGGACAUCCACCAGUACAGGGAGCAGAUCAAGCGGGUGAAGGACGCGGACGACGUGCCCAUGGUGCUGGUGGGGAACAAGAGCGACCUGGCCGCGCGCACCGUGGACGCCCCGCAGGCGCAGGAGCUGGCCCGCAGCUACGGCAUCCCCUACGUGGAGACCUCGGCCAAGACGCGCCAGGGCGUGGAGGACGCCUUCUACACCCUGGUGCGGGAGAUCCGCCAGCACAAGGCGCGGAAGCUGAGCCCGCCGGACGAGGGUGGCCCGGGCUGCGGGAGCUGCAGGUGCCUGCUGUCCUGACGGCGUCCACGUCGUGUCCACACUGCUGCCCCCGGCCCUCCGGCCCAGGAGUCAUCUCGGAGGGAGGAGGGAAGGGCCAGCGGCGCCCACGGACAGGGGUGUGCACACCGCCCGUGGACGCCCUGCGCAGACUGGCAUGAACUGACUGGCGGCCAC